CUGGCGUGUUCCCUGCUCGCCGCCGCGCUGCUCCCGGGUCGGCGCGCCUCGGAGCCCCAGCUGGGCUCGGCGGACCAGGAGCCCGACGCCGGCGACGCCAAGGCUUAUGCAGGCAAAGACCUGGAGGAGCAGUUGAGGUCGGUGUCCAGCGUGGAUGAACUCAUGACAGUACUUUACCCGGAAUAUUGGAAAAUGUUCAAGUGCCAGUUAAGAAAAGGAGGCUGGCAGCAUAAUAAAGAGCAGCCCACCGUCAACACAAGGGGAGAAGAGAAGAUAAAGUUUGCUGCAGCACAUUAUAAUGCAGAGAUCUUGAAAAGUAUUGAUAAUGAGUGGAGAAAGACUCAAUGCAUGCCACGUGAGGUGUGUGUAGAUGUGGGGAAGGAGUUUGGAGCAGCAACAAACACCUUCUUUAAACCUCCAUGUGUGUCCGUCUACAGAUGUGGGGGCUGCUGCAACAGUGAGGGGCUACAGUGCAUGAACACCAGCACAAGUUACCUCAGCAAGACGUUAUUUGAAAUUACAGUGCCUCUCUCACAAGGCCCCAAACCAGUAACAAUCAGUUUUGCCAAUCACACUUCCUGCCGGUGCAUGUCUAAACUGGAUGUUUACAGACAAGUUCAUUCAAUUAUUAGACGUUCUCUGCCAGCAACACUUGCACAGUGUCAGACAGUAAACAAGACUUGUCCUACAAAUUACAUCUGGAAUAAUCAUAUCUGCAGAUGCCUGGCUCAGCAAGAUCUUCUUUUGACCGCCAUUUCUGGAGAUGAGUCUGCAGAUGAAGUGCACGACGUCUGCGGCCCCAACAAGGAGCUAGAGGAGGAGACGUGUCAAUGUGUCUGUAAAGGAGGACUCCGGCCGUCGAGCUGCGGGCCCCACAAGGAACUAGACAGGAACUCGUGCCAGUGUGUCUGUAAAAACAAACUUUCCCCCAGCUCCUGUGGGGCCAACAGAGAAUUUGAUGAAAACACAUGCCAGUGUAUAUGUAAAAAAACGUGCCCAAGGAAUCAACCCCUAAACCCUGGGAAAUGUGCCUGUGAAUGUACAGAAAAUCCACAAAAAUGCCUCUCCAAAGGAAAGAAGUUUCAUCAUCAAACUUGCAGUUGUUAUAGAAGACCGUGUCCAAACCGACUGACCCACUGUGAUCCAGGGUUUUCAUUCAGUGAAGAAGUAUGUCGCUGUGUUCCUUCAUACUGGAAAAGGCACAUAUGAACCCAGACAGUAUUACUUUUCCGUUCAUCAUUUCCUAGCACGGAGAAUUGUGUUGCCAUUUUAGAACUGCCUAUGAAGACAAAGACCUUUGUGGCAACAAAGACAAAACUUGUGUUUUCUGCACCGUGUGGAUAACGCGACAGAAAUGGACUGGCGUGUGCCUGUGAAAGACCCCUGUUAAGACUGGUGUUCUUCCAGUGACCAAACAGCCAAGGUUUUUCCCCUCAUGUUUAGAAAAAAAUAAUAAUUAAUGACUAUAUAAUUUAUUUCCACUAAAAAUAUUGUUUCUGCAUUCAUUUUUAUAGCAAUAACAAUUGAUAAAGCUCACUGUGAUCAAUAUUUUUAUAGCAUACAAAAUGUCUAAAAUAAAAUGGAAAUUGUAUUA